UGCCGGGAUGUUUACACUCCUGACAGCAGCGUCCACCCGAGCAGGAGCAGCAGUUGCGGGAGGAUGGGCUGCUGCUAGGCUCGCGCUCGGGACGUGCGGGGCCGUGAGAGGGUGGGUGGCCGCGCCUGCAGCGUCUGCUGGGGCAGCGUGUCGCGAGGUGGCGUUCGGUUCAGGCCCCGCAGCCACAGUCCUCGGCCCUGCGGGCCUUUCCGCGGCGCUGCCUGGCCAGGUCGCCUGCCCGCCAGCCCCAGGCCCCUCGCGGGCAGCAGAACUGACGACUCCCGGCUUCCUGGUGCUGAUUGGCGGCUCCGGUUAUUUUCCGCGUCGCUGAUUGGCUAGGCCCAGCUGUCAGGAUUCCGCCGCAGCCAGACUUGGCAGAGUGAAGUUCAGCGGCAGAGGGCAGCUGGUGGGAUUCCCCAGUGGCUGGAGAAGCGCGGGAUGACCGGCCUGUUGGACAGUCUGUGAGGUGCCCGUGGCCUCGGACGAUGGAUGAGCAGCCGCAAGGCAUGCCGGGGCCGCCCGUCCCGCAGUUCCAGCCGCAGAAGGCCUUACGACCGGACAUGGGCUACAAUACACUAGCCAACUUUCGGAUAGAAAAGAAAAUUGGUCGAGGGCAAUUUAGUGAAGUUUAUAGAGCGUCCUGUCUCUUGGAUGGAGUACCAGUAGCUUUAAAAAAAGUGCAGAUAUUCGACCUGAUGGACGCCAAAGCCCGCGCCGACUGCAUCAAGGAGAUCGACCUCCUGAAGCAACUCAACCACCCAAAUGUGAUUAAAUAUUAUGCAUCGUUCAUCGAAGAUAACGAGUUAAACAUAGUCUUGGAGUUAGCAGACGCUGGCGAUCUGUCCAGGAUGAUAAAGCACUUUAAGAAGCAGAAGCGGCUGAUCCCGGAGAGGACCGUGUGGAAGUACUUCGUGCAGCUGUGCAGCGCGCUGGAGCACAUGCACUCCCGCCGGGUCAUGCACAGAGACAUCAAGCCGGCGAACGUGUUCAUCACGGCCACGGGCGUGGUGAAGCUCGGGGACCUGGGCCUGGGCCGCUUCUUCAGCUCCAAGACCACCGCGGCGCACUCUCUGGUGGGGACGCCGUACUACAUGUCUCCCGAGAGAAUCCACGAGAACGGCUACAACUUCAAGUCGGACAUCUGGUCCCUCGGCUGUCUCCUGUACGAGAUGGCGGCGUUGCAGAGCCCCUUCUACGGCGACAAGAUGAACCUGUACUCGCUGUGCAAGAAGAUCGAGCAGUGCGACUACCCCCCGCUCCCCUCAGACCACUAUUCGGAGGAGCUCCGGCAGCUGGUGAACACGUGCAUCAACCCGGACCCGGAGAAGCGGCCGGACGUCACCUACGUGUACGACGUCGCCAAGAGGAUGCACGCCUGCACCUCGAGCAGCUGAGCGCCCGGGGGAGCGACGCCGAGACCACCCAAGUGUUUCCGUGCAGGCCGCGCCCCCGCCUCCGUCCGGGUGCCGGCGCCGACGCGCCGGCACUCGCGUGCUUCGAAUCCUUAACCAGUUUUCAUCCAAGCUUCAUUCUGUCCCCGUGUAAGUCGCCUUCCUGCAAAACCCAAGUGACUUUGGAGAGAGCGGAUUGCGUGCUGGCAGAGCGAGAGCAGCGCAGCGGCUCUCGGGGGAGCGGGGUCCGGGCGCCGACGCGGAGUGCGCGCUGGUGGGUUGUGUUCGCAUGGACCCUGGGGCUGGCCGCAGGCGGCGCGCGGCGGGAGAGACCCCGGGGGAGACCGCCAGGACAGACCCAGCCCGCCCGCGCGGCGCCGGGGCUGGGGACCGCGGGCCUCUCAGUCCUCCUCGGGCAGUGGACAGGAACACGAUUGUGAACUUGGGUGACUAUUUUAUUUUUGAAAGUUGAAGUAUGUGUUUUAGUUCUUAGCAUCGUAGCAUUUAAAUAAUUCUUAAGGUAAACGUCAACACGAACUAUUGGAGAAACAUUGAAAAUUCUUAGCUCAUACAUUGAAAAUGCAACUCUUAAAUGUGAACACAUUGGGGGACAGAAUGUGAGUCAGACACUGAAGAGUUUUUCACUUUGUUUUGUUUUGUCUUCGUAUCUUUGAUGCGCUCUCUGCAUGGAAACGGUAUAAAUGAAUCCGCAUAAAAAGUGGUUAAGGAUUUGUUUGGCUGUCGUGACGGUAAUUUUGAAAGUUGCACAUUGCCCAAGGCUUUUCUGUGUGUUUAUUAUUGUUUGUACAUUUGGAAAAUAUCCUUUAAAUGAUCUUGCAGUACUAUAUUUCCAUUUCUUUGCAAAUUUAAAAGCCCCACUCAGAGAUGUACACUAUAGUUUAAGCGUAUGUUUUCAUUCAUAGGUUUUAGUGAAGUUCUGAUUGGUCCCCUUGAGAAAUUUUUUUUUAUAUUCCGCAAGCUACUCUCUUAUUUAUAUUGUAUGUGCAUUUUAUCCGUGAAUAUUUCAGAUUCUCUGACAACACAAUACCCUUAAAAUGUCUUUGGUGUUUGAACACUC